AUGGGCAGGCCGAGACAGUCUCAUCGAGCCAAGUAUUGCCACAGAAUUGUUCACGCAAUUAUUGCCUGUCUUGGGCAAAAUACUUUACGCGUGGACUUGCUGCUCCGUGCCUGUUUGCCGCAUGUGUUACGUGUAGAACAACACUAUUUAGCAUUGUGGCUAGUAAAACCCAAUGCUCGUGGACAGGUGCACAUUGGGCUUACUUGCCACUAUUAG